AUCAAUUCCAUUUUACCACUUUACUUUGAGUGAAGAACUUGCAUUGCACUUCAAGCAUUAUUUUGUUAGUACAGAUUAUAAUUAGUACCCCAUAUUCACGUGUUAUGUAAUCUGGCCUACACCCUAAACUUUUAACAUCAUUGAUUCAACAGUAGUUCAAUAAUGGGUUGCCAGUAACUUCAUUUAAUCCAAUAAUUCAAUACUAGUUUUUUUUUUUUGGGUUAAACAUGUUUGAUUUUGAUCAGCUUCAGUGAAAUAGAUAUUUUGGAACGUUAUGACAAAGGGGCCAAAAAAAAUGGUAUCUUUUUUGCUGAAAUGCUUGAAAGUUAUAUCAGAGGUGAAGAUGGCCAAAACCCAUAUCACCAUUUUAAUCUUAUUCCAUGAAUUCUGUUUUGCAAUUUUAUCCGAAACAGAAAUAUACAAUUCCGAGCUGAUAAGAUAAUGGUCGCUUUUCAAUGCUGCAGUAGCCUUUAGCCAUUCCUCUGCAAUAUUUUAAUUAAUUUAUGAUCCUCUGCUCACCAAAAAAUGAAAAAUCCCCUCAUCUAAAACUGUAUUUAUAUAUGCCGUGUCAGUGAAGAAGUACUGGUAUUUAAUUUGCAUUAUUCUGUCAGUCAGUUAGUCUUUUCUUCCCAAAUUUCCUCCUUUUUUCCUUUUUUUUUUGUGCCACCUGGUUUUUACAUUGGCGGCAAGAAAAGAACUCUAAUGGAAGCUAAUUCGGCUUCUUCAUCCAAAUGGUUCUGUUCAAUCUGCAUGUUGUUGUUCUUGAUUUUAGCAGCUUUUGAGGUUGCACAUUGCUCUGUUACUUAUGAUAGGAAGUCCCUUAUCAUCAAUGGCCAGAGGAGAAUUCUGUUCUCAGGCUCCAUUCAUUAUCCAAGAAGCACCCCAGAUAUGUGGGAGGGGCUUAUACAGAAGGCCAAAAAUGGAGGAUUGGAUGCAAUUGAUACCUACGUGUUUUGGAAUGUCCAUGAACCUUCCCCUGGAAAUUACAAUUUUGAAGGAAGAUAUGACUUGGUUCGGUUCUUAAAGUUGGUCCAGAAAUAUGGACUUUAUGUUCAUUUACGAAUUGGACCUUAUGUUUGUGCCGAGUGGAAUUUUGGGGGUUUUCCAGUGUGGCUUAAGUAUGUGCCAGGCAUGAGUUUCAGAAAUGACAAUGGACCCUUUAAGGUGGCAAUGCAGAGGUUUGUGCAGAAAAUUGUCACUAUGAUGAAGAGUGAAGGGCUGUUUCAAAAUCAAGGUGGCCCUAUCAUACUCUCCCAGAUUGAGAAUGAGUAUGGUAUAGAAAGCCAUUCAUAUGGUCCAGCCGGGCACAGAUAUAGUGAUUGGGCUGCUAAAAUGGCUGUCGGGUUGAAUACCGGGGUCCCAUGGGUUAUGUGUAAAGAGGAUGAUGCUCCAGAUCCUGUGAUUAACACAUGCAAUGGUUUCUACUGUGAUUAUUUCUCGCCAAACAAGCCAUAUAAACCGAAAAUAUGGACUGAAGCUUGGACUGGCUGGUUUGAAGAUUUUGGUAGCCCAAAACACCAAAGACCAGUUGAGGACAUCGCGUUUGCUGUUGCCCGGUUCAUUCAGAAAGGAGGCUCCUUUGUGAACUAUUACAUGUAUCACGGAGGAACCAACUUUGGAAGAUCAGCUGGAGGCCCAUUCAUCACUACCAGUUACGACUAUGAUGCCCCUAUCGAUGAAUAUGGCUUGAUUAGGCAGCCUAAAUAUGACCACUUAAAGGAGCUUCACAAGGCUAUUAAAUUAUCCGAGCGUGCUUUGGUUUCUGCUGAUCCUACUGUAACAGCUUUGGGAAAUUAUGAACAGGCAUAUGUAUUUUCUUCUACUUCAGGAGGUUGUGCGGCCUUUCUCUCAAAUUAUCAUUCAAAUUCCGCUGUUACUGUAACAUUCAGGAACAGAAAAUAUCAAUUGCCACCAUGGUCUAUCAGCAUUCUUCCUGAUUGUAAAAACGAUGUGUUUAAUACAGCCAGGGUAGGAGUUAAAGCAUCAACAGCACAAAUGGUAGCCACUGAGGUGAAAAUCCUUUCGUGGCAAACAUUCAGCGAGGACGUCUACUCUUUAAUAGAUGAUUCCUCAUUUACGCAUGUCGGCCUAUUGGAGCAAUUAAAUGUAACAAGAGAUAAAAGUGAUUAUCUAUGGUAUACAACCAGCAUUCCAAUAAGAUCGACUGAAUCUUUCCUUCAUCAAGGGCGUUCACCCACUCUCACAGUGGGAUCAUCAGGCCAUGCACUGCAUGUGUUUGUUAACGGAGUAAAGUCAGGGUCGGUAUUUGGAAACAGCAAGUUGACCUUUAGAGGAGGGAUCAAUUUGCGUGCUGGGGUCAACAGAAUAUCAAUACUAAGUGUAGCAGUUGGACUACCGAACAAUGGGGCACAUUUUGAGACUCAAAGCAUAGGAGUAACUGGACCUGUUAUUCUGCAAGGUUUAGAUGAGGGCUCGAAGGACUUAUCGAUGCAAAGAUGGUCAUAUAAGAUAGGGCUAAAAGGAGAAGCUGUGAACCUGGAUUCCGUCAGUUCGAGUUUAUCGGUCCAUUGGGUUGGAGGAAACUUGAUGGCAAGCAGGCAGCAACCUCUAACAUGGCAUAAGGCUUAUUUCAAUGCACCAGCAGGAAAUGAUCCUUUGGCACUAGACCUUAGUAGUAUGGGAAAGGGUCAAAUAUGGAUCAAUGGGCAGAAUAUUGGAAGAUAUUGGACUAGUUGGGCCAAAGGUAAUUGCGGCCAAUGCAGCUAUGCCGGAACAUACAGGGAAUGGAAAUGCCUAUCUGGAUGUGGCCAGCCAACUCAAAGAUGGUAAUAUAUACUUAAUCGCCCCUUAAUUUCACAAAUUCUACUCAUUCAAAAGUUUUUAGGACUACAUUACAUCUUCUCAACAAAACACGUACCGGAAACGAUCAUUUAAAACAUUUGAUGGGUUGUUAAACCAAAAAAAUUCAUUAACAAAAAGUGAUCGAAAUAUGAACACUUGUAAAUUUGGAGUUUCAGGUACCAUGUUCCUCGAUCUUGGUUGAAGCCAACAGGAAAUGUGUUGAUAGUUUUUGAGGAAAUUGGAGGGGAUGCAUCCAGAAUUUCUCUUGUGAAAAGAGUGGUGAACUAAAAGGGGUCACUUUGUACAUUCUACAAGUCAAAAGGGUGAAUUAAAAUUACCUUAAAAGGUCAUUCACUAUGUUCAUUCAUCAUUUUUUCCCCUGAAGGAACUUGAAGGGGAUGAAUGCAUCCAAGCAUGAAUUGUAACUCAUCACUUAUGAUACAUAGUAACUUAUGUAAAAAAGAAAAACAGUCCCCCUUGGUAAAGAAAGAAAUGUGUUUUACCUAUUUCAAAAUGAUUGUCACAUUAGGAUUUUCAUUUUCCGUAAUUUAUGCUGUAAAUAAAAAUAUAAAGUGGAUAUUUAUUUCGGGAGAGACGAGUACUACCUUAAAUCAAUGACUUAUUGCAAAACUCAUGGAGCGCAUGAGCAACGAAGCUUGAAGUGUCACUUUCACUACUUUCCUUGGAUCAACCGGCAAAGGACUGCCUUAAUAUAUACACACUAUGGCCCAUGCAUUAUGCAUAAUUGCAUAUCAUGGGAAAUUAUGGCCUUUUAUACUUAUUUCAUUUCUCACAAGUUAAUGAUGCUUUAGUAUUAAUGGUUAUUCAUUGAUAACGAUUAUGAUUUGGAAGAACAUUUGUUUAUCAUGUUGAAAUUAUACUAUUGAUUAUCCAUGGGCUGAGACAUAAAGACGGGGUCCCAAAAAUACUUCUGGAUAAUCCUACCAAUUCCCGUUAUAAG